AUGCCAGUGAAAAAAUUCUCAUUCAAAGAUGCGGAUAGACAGGAUACAACAAAACCAGCCGGUCUUCCGAAAAAAAAGAAGGUCAGCUCGAAAUUCGGAGCAAAAGAAGAAGCUUCUCCAGCUCCAACUCCUAAAUUAGGUCUGAAGAAAAAGAAAGACGCGAAGGCAGAAGAAGCUGCAGCUAAAAUCGAAGACAAGAAGAUCCACCCAAUCAAGAAAGACGAGCCCAAAGCCGAGGAAAAACCCGUGGCUCCUCCAAAACCACCAACGCCUGAGCCAGCAGAACCCGUCAUCGAAAUCGAAAAGGACCCAGAAGAUCCAGAAGCUCGAGACCCUGACGGAAAAUGGUGGAUCAUCAAGAAGGCAGCUGAUGUUCGCUCCUCUGAGGGAGAAUCAGUUUCGAUCACCAUCGAAGUCGGCAAGGGCGAUCCUCUCCAUCCCCCUCGAGUUCAAUGGGUGAAGGGAAAGUGGAACGAAAUCACCGCGGGCGACCGUUAUCAAAUGUCAAACGAGAAGAACUCCUACACUUUAACAUUCACCAAGCCGAAAAUGUCCGACUCUGGAAUCUACACGAUCAAAGUUACUUCUGCCGCUGGUCAACUGGAUUCCAAGACUUUCGAGUUGAAAGUCGGGCCCGAAAAAUCCGCGAGCUCUGGAAUCGUCGUUGUUCGAGGAAAGUUGCCAAAGAAUGUCCAAGAAGAAGAUUUGGACUUCCGAGGAAAGCUGAAAAAGGUCCAGAAACAGGUUGCCAAGGACAAAGAAGGCGAAAAAGUGGAUAUUUGGUCAAUCCUCCGCGACGCCAACCCUCGAGACUAUGACAAGAUCAGCUUCAAGCACGGUCUGAAAGACUACCGCGGAAUGCUCAAGCGAAUGGCCGCCAAUAGAAAAGCUAACAAGCGAUCAAACGCGUACGAAACCAAACUUCCCGAUACCGAAUGCGUCGCCAACAACGGUCGAUUGGUUUUCGAAGCCGAAGUCGCCAACGAAGCUUUGGGCACAAAAUGGUAUCGAAAUGGGCAAGAAAUCACCGCGCAGAACACUCAUUUCAAGAUCGAGCAGCGAGGGAAGUUCAGAAAGCUAAUUAUCGAAAAUGCUAAUUUGAUGGACGAUGGACUCUUUGAAAUCCGAGCUGGAGAGGAGAAGAGCUCCUGUGAAGUCCAUGUUUUGGAGGCGCCUACUGCUGUCGAUAAGGGCUUCGAAGAUUUGCAGCUUGUCGAGGGCGAGGAUGCGAAAUUCACCGCGACCUUGAGCACCGCGCACGGCAGAUUCAAGAUUCUCAAAGAUGGAAUUGAAAUUGGAUUGAACGACAAUCAUUCGAUUUCUCGAGACGGCGCUGUGGUCAACUUUGAAAUCAAGAAAAUCACCAAGAGCGAUGCUGGUUUUUAUGAAAUUCAAACAAAUGGCGCAAAAUCCUUUGGAGAGCUUAUUGUCGACGCGAAGCCAGCUACGUUCAAAUCUCGAUUUUCCGAUGUCAACGUCAACGUCAAUGAACCAGCUGAGUUCUCAUGCAUUGUCGCCGACGCUGAAGUCGCUGGCAAAUGGAUAUUUAACGGCAAACCCUUGGAGGAAUCUGAAAAUGUUCAAAUCGUUUCUGAAGGAACCGACCGAAAACUCGUUCUCAAAGAAGUCGGAAAGAAAAAUGAGGGCGAAUAUCAGUUCCUCGUUGAUUCUAAGGAUCAUAAACAGCCUACUGGAAUCACUGCGACUCUGAAGACCUACGCAGUCACUAUUGAAAAGCCUCAAGUUCCUCCAAAAAUCUGCCUCUCCCUCGCCGCAGAGAAAGAAAUCGUCGUCAAAGCCGGUCAAAAAUUCACUUUGGAUAUUCCAAUUUCUGGAGAUCCGGCUCCUGAAGAAUUGACUUGCGAAAAGACUCAAACUGGCGAGUUCACUAACCCCUUAGAUCGACCAUUUGACAAGCCUUUCGGAAAACCCACCGACCCAACUCAACGAGCUCAGAUCAAAAAUUCUGCCGAGCGAAGCCGUCUUCAUAUCCCAGCUGUUCACAAAGCUGAUUCCGGCGUCUACACUUUGAAACUCAAGUCUGAAGCAGGAACUGACAGUAUCGACUUCAAACUGCUAGUUAUUCACAAACCAGGAGCGCCAGGAAUCCCAAUUAUCUCCGAGCUCAACAAUGAGUGCUGCAGAGUUGACUGGACUCCCCCAGUUGAACUUGGUGGAUGCGAAGUUCAGGGCUAUAUUGUCGAGCGAAAAAAGACAGCAUCUUCCCGAUGGAUUCGCCUGAACUCUCAGCUGAUUACUUUCCACAACCACCUCGCCCGUCGAAUGGUCGAAGGAACCGCUUAUCAAGUCCGGGUGACAGCUGUCAACGAAGUUGGAGUCGGAGAGCCUUCGCCAGUCUCCGAGUCGUUCACCCCAAUGGCGCCUACUUCCGAGAUUCCUUCGAUCAGAAAGGGUCUUACUACCGACGAAAGCAUCGAGCUCAAAUGGGCUGCGCCAGAGGACCAGGGUGCUUUGGGCAUGAAGGGCUAUUUGAUCCAGCUACAGGUCUUGAAGAAUCCAUCCUCUGAAAAUCCCUUGAUGGAACUUGAAGAUGAUGCAUGGGAAGACUGGAAAAAGACAAAGGUCGCUCCAGAUGCAAACUCUCAAGUUCUUGACGGCCUUGAGACUGGAAAGACUUACAUGUUCCGAAUGGCCGCGGAGAAUCCAGCCGGCCGAUCAAAGUGGACUACCUUCGGCCCGAUCGUCUGCGCAGAAGCUAUGGAAGAUCCAAGGAUCAACCUUCCGAGACCUCUGACAAGAUUGGUCAAAAUUCGAUGCGGCGAGAAACUUCACUUCCAGGUCCCCUUUGUUGGCCGACCAAAGCCCCUUGUCUCCUGGACGAAGGUAGACUCUUUGCCCGAAGAAGGAGUAAGCACACUCCCAGAAGGGUUGGAAGAAAAUCCUCUUGGCGACCACGUCACUGUUCGAGAGAGCCCCGGCCUGGCUGUCCUCCAUAUCAGGAACACAGAUCGAUCUGACACUGGCUGCUACAAAAUGCGCCUGGCUGUUGGCGAUAAAGAAGCGAUCGCAGUUAUCAGAGUGGCAAUCGUUGAACCGCCAUCGAAGCCAAGAGCGCUCAAGAUUGUUGAAACUAUUGGAACCUCCGUUCAAUUGGAGUGGGAGGCACCAAAGGACGAUGGAAACUCAGAAAUCUUCGCCUACUCUGUUGAGAAGCGAGACAAACGAUCAGGCCCCGAUGGACAAUGGUUCAUCGUCUACGAAAAGAUCAGACACUGCAAGUGCUCGAUUGAUGACGUCAUCGUCGGAAACGAGUUCCAGUUCCGCGUCAGAGCACAAAACGAAGUCGGAAUCUCCGAAGGAAUCGCCACCAAAGAAUUCGCAAAGAUCGAGAAGGAAACUCUCACCUACACCAAACCCGAGUACAAGUCCCGUGAUAUCAGCCAGCCACCAAGCUUUACUCUUCCUCUGAACAACAGAAAAUUAACCGUCGGCUACACUGGCACCAUCUCCUGCUCUGUUCGCGGACAUCCUAAGCCGAAAAUCAGAUGGUUCAAAAACAAAAUCGAGAUUAUUGACAAUCCAAAGUACAAAACAACCGCUUCAAUGGGAGUCGUUCAGCUUGAAAUUCGACGUCCAAGAGCUCAAGAUCAAGGCACCUACACUUGCUUAGCAUACAACGAACACGGUGAAGUCAGCUGCGAUGCCCAAGUUAUGGUCCGGGAGCCGAAAUAA